AUAUACCCAAACUACCAAGGUCUUUUUCAAAAACACAUUAAAAACACAAGGGUAGUUCAGUAAUAAAAAGAAAACCAGUCAUCGUCCCAUUUCCGUCGUCCUUUCCCCCGCCCAGCCCGCCUCUUCGUUCAAACAAAGUUUUCAGACGUCACGCAUCCCGAUCAUUCUGAGAUCCGCCUCAUCAUCCGACCGUCCACGCGGCAGUUAUCGUCCCCUACUAUUUGUGGAAACAAGAAACUACUUACCCCAAAUUUCUAUCCGAUUGCCAUUGGCCCACGUGUCCUUUUCUUUAACUCCCACGAUUCACACGUAAGCGUUGAGCUCGAUCCCCGAGACUAAGUGACUCUCUAUUGGCGCCGAUAAGGGGGACACUUCCUGCCUUCCCAUUGGCUGAUCAUGGGGUCCACUCACGACCUUUUUCCCUACGUUGGGUCGCCAUCUAUUUUGAUUUGCCACGUUUCGCUUCUCGACCAAUCCUUUUCUGCGCUGUUCGUCCCACAGUUACACACGUGUCACCUUCAUCCUCCGUAUAAAUCUCCACACUACUCUCCUUCCCAUGAAGUGCGUCCGCAUCGGACUAACGCUGGCACAAAACAGAGAGAAAAAAAGGCAGAGAGUGAGAGAUUUUCAAAGUGAAAAAGAAAAGAGAUUUUUGGAGAUAAAAGAAUGGAGGGUAGAGGAGGAUGUUGCAUAGCGAGAUAUGCAACUGCUGCUGGGGUUUACGAUAUGUCGAAAGUGGACCGAAUAAUGCUCCGGUUCAGACCGAUCGCUCCCAAACCGGCCACGGGUGGAUCGGUUUCGCCUCAGGGAAACCGUGAGGUUUAUUCUAAAUCAGGGAGAGGGAAAAAAAGACACUCCAAGGAAAGUAAUACUAUGAGUAAUACGAAGAGGUGCACCCGAAGAAGAAGAGUUUUGUGCGAAGAGAAAAGGGUUACGUUGCCACUUCUCCCUGAAACCCCUGACUGCAAAGACUCCAUUUUGAAGGAGGAAAAGGGUGGAGUAGUCCAAAAGAUGAAGCCUUUAUGGUUAAGCUUCGGUCAAGCUGAUGAUAAAAAGGAGGGUUUUCUCGGUGGUGGUUGUGGGUUAGCAGAUCGGUCGGGGGUGAUGCAACCGCAGGCGGCGGUGGCGUCGUGCGUCACGGUGGAAUGCGUGACGGACACGUGGCUGAUUGGGGAUGGGUUGGGGAGUACGGACGAGGAGAGGAAGGUUAAUCUGGGGAGAGACACGUGUCCGGGGUUUGUAUCUGAUGGAAUGGGGAAAGUGACCUGGACUAAUGAGGCGUACAAGGAAAUGGUGGGAGGGGAGAUGAUGGUGUGGUUGGUGAUGAAGGAGAGGCUGCCGUUGAUGAUAACCUACCCGGCGUUUACGUGCAAGGUAAGGGUGCAGUACAAGUGCGGGAAGGACAGGAGUUCCUUGACGCUGCCUUGCGAUGUUUGGAGAAUGGACGGCGGUGGAUUUGCAUGGAGGCUUGACACCAACGCUGCUCUUUGCUUGGGCCGGUAAAAACCAAAAAAAAAUAAAAUAUCACAGCCUUUUAAUGCAUGACUAAGCUUACAAUCUACAUUAACUUUCUUUUUGAAUUGUAAAUAUUUUUCUGUUUGCUUUUCCUUUUCCUGUUUCAACUUUGUAUUGUUGUUUUGCGUUGUUUGAUCGUCCUCUUUUAUUCUCUGUUUCUCACUGGAUCUGGGGUGUGUUUCAUUUUGAGAUGCAUAACAUGUUUUCGAAAGGGAUUUGAAAGGAACUGAAAGUAUGCCAGUUGUUCUUCAGUUCUCA